CCCCACUGUCAAGAGACUGUCACGUGACCCAAAUAGUACGUGUGGUGCCUGAGUGUGUGAGUGUAUGAGUGAGAGAGAGUGAAGAGAAAAACCACGUUUACUCAUCACAACAUCAUCUUCUUCAUCUAAAGCACGACCGAAAACUUUCACUAAAUCGUUUCGUAUUUGUGGUCGGUGAUAUGCGAUGUACUACUAAUGCAGAAAAAAAAUAUACUCCCAAGAGCAAUUAUUCUAAAACCGCAUUGAUUAACUUAAGUUGAUUGGGUGUGUUUUUUCACCAAGUUUAAUUAUUUAGAAUUACUCAGCACUACAAUAAAACUAAUGCAGAUGUUACUAUUAAAGUGUACCAAUAAUUAUCAUUUACCCACGUGAGUUCUGCGAGGAUAUAUUUGCACUUUAUCUUGAGCAGUUGUCAUUAUCAUAUCUACUUAAUGGAAUAAUGGAGAUAUUGCCGGAUUAUCCAAGACAUAAUUUUCGUUGGUGUAAAAAGAACAUUAUCGUCUAUAAAACGACAAUAUGCUUCUGUCUUCUGCUGUCAUAUAUUUCAGGUGUCACUUGUAAACAGAUAAAAACGAGCAAGCUACCACCUCCUCCUUUCUACCCAAAGCCGUCCUAUUCUUUUUCAAAGUUCUCAGGCCUGACCAUCGUACAACCAGCCGCCUUAUUGGAUGGAAAGCAAUUUGUAGUAGAGCCUGUCACCACACGCAAUGUCACCACACAAAUUGGACAGACUACUUACCUCCAUUGUAUAGUAGAUAAGCUUGAAGAUAAAACGGUGGGUGGGCUACAAAGGCAGGUCUCUUGGAUCAGAUUACGAGAUUUUCAUCUUCUAACAGUUGGAUUAUACACAUAUACAAGCGAUACAAGAUUCCAGACUAUGUACAACGAAUAUGCAACCGACUGGGCUUUACAGAUCAAAUAUCCCCAAUUAUCUGAUGAGGGUCUUUAUGAAUGCCAAGUUAGUUCUGAUCCACCAGCUAGUCAUUACGUUUGGUUAAAAGUCAUAGUUCCUAAAACCAAAAUAUUAGGUGGUACUAACUUUUACGUUAGCGUGGGAAGCGAAGUGAAUCUCACCUGCGUCAUAACUGAUUGCCCAGAAAUGCCAGCUUAUGUAUUCUGGUAUCAUGGCUCACGGAUGAUCAAUUUUGACAAAGGCCGAGCAGAGAUUGUCCUGCAAAAAGCUGGAAAUAACACAGCUAUCAGUCGACUGAGGAUUAAGAAUGCACUUCCGUCUGACACUGGAAACUAUUCGUGCAGUCCAUCAAACGCUGAUGUUGCCAGCAUAUUUGUAGAUGUACUAAAAGGUGAGAAACACGCAGCUGUGCAAAAUGACGCAGCUUCCCCAUCAAGUUGUUCUCGCUACUCAUCCUCUCUCAACACAAUGAUCAUUUACCAAUCAGCAAUUUUCAUCACAUUUGCUGCUCUUCGAAUUAGGUGACACAAGUUUCCGCCAAAAUAUUGCCAAGAAUCCAGCCACCCUAUUGUAAAUUGUAUUGUAUUGUUUCAAUUACUGCACCUUCAUGUCUUUGUUGUCUUUGAUUGUGUCAUUAAAUCCUUUCUGCAAGGAACCUCAGGAAAGAUAUUUUCAGGAAAUAUUUGUGAGUAAUGCUCUAACUGUAAUCAACGUACUUCAGAUAUUUUACAUUUGAAGAUACAUAUGAAGUGCAAUAGUAUCACUGUAUUUAAGUCUUAAGUAUUUAGUCUUGUGUUCUAUUUAUACCAAGUUUUGUUUCGAAAAGUCGACAUACACCAACUCCAUUUUGCUUUAUUUAUUUCAUGACAUUAAUUUAAUCAUCGUUUAUUGUAGUACUGUUGUUUUUUCUGUAUAAAAUUAGUUAUGUUCCAAUAAUGUGAAUACUAAUUGAUUAACUUUGAAAUCAAGUUUCACAGUAUUUUGUAUCAAUUAAAGAAAGAAUUUUUUUAAUCAAGAAAAAGAAUGCAAUUGUUAGAUUUUCGUAUUUUUUUGUAGUAAAUUUAUAAGAAAUUAAACAUUUUUAUCCUCAGUAAUAAAUGGUGCAAGAAAACGGAAAAUUAUAAUUAAUGGCUCUUUUCAUUUAUAUAUUUACGUUUCAAACAUGCUAAAUAUGUUAUUAAAAACUUAAAACACGUAUAAUAGCGAACUAAAUUUUACAUUCAUUAAUCAUAUGAAAUUAAAUUUUAAAUUAAUUUGUAUAAGAACGCAUCAAUAAACUCCUUAAUUCUGAUUUACCUUAAAACUAAAUGUUUUGAUUAAAUAUGCAGAUAUCUUUAAAGUACCUUACGGUUAUAUAUAUUGAUUCGGGUACUUGAAUAAUAAACCAAAUUUUAAAAGUAGUAAAAUCAAAAAUAAAAAUAUACACAUUAUUAAUUUUUUUAUGCAUGACUAAGAAAAUUGGCAAAACUUAGGAUAUGCAGUUAUAUUUAAUUUUCCUUAAUUCGGUCACUUAAAUUAGUUAUAAAUUAUUCCUUUGGCUUUUAUUGAAUCUUACUCAACAGUUUAACUUGCAUAAAAAAGUUAUAUCUAAUUUGUACAAGUACGUUCUUUGUUGUAAUUGAAGUUCCUCUCUUAAUUUGUACAAAGUGCAGUCUUAUUGUCUUUAAUUCUGUACAUAAAACUAUCUGUUAAGUAUUGUGUUUGUUGUACCGUGAAUCUUGUCUUCAUACCAUGACACCUUUGCAAUCACUAUUUUAUGUAAUAAAGUUGUAUUUCAAAA